UAGUCAUUUUGACUCGAAUCGCAGGCUCGAGGUCAGCGGAGAGCUCCACGCGCCGCUGGUCGGGAGCUCGGCCCCGCACCGAGCGAUGCCUCCGAAGGGGGUGAAGAGGCACACGCUCAAGGUGAACAUCAAGAAGGCCAAGCGCGUGGAGUCUGGCGAGGGGGGGACCGCCGGACUGCGCCGCACCAAGACCGUGGAGCAGAUCUACCAGAAGAAGACACCAGUGGAGCACAUCCUCCUGCGCCCUGACACCUACGUGGGCUCGGUGGAAAAGCAGGACGACCACCAGUGGGUCUGGAACAGUCAGAAGGAGGAGAUGGAUUACAGAGGCAUAACCUAUGUGCCAGCCCUCUACAAGAUCUUUGACGAGAUUCUGGUCAACUCGGCUGACAACCUGCAGCGGGACAAGAGUAUGAACUAUAUCAAGGUCGAGAUCGACACAAAACAGAAACGCAUCAAGAUCACCAACAACGGCAAGGGGCUUCCCAUUGCGAUCCACAAGGAGCACAAGGUGUACGUACCAGAGCUCGUCUUCGGCCACUUGCUCACCAGCGACAACUACGACGACACGGAGAAGAAAGUCACCGGCGGCCGCAACGGCUUCGGUGCCAAGCUCACCAACAUCUUCAGCACCCGGUUCGUCGUGGAGACGGCCGUGGGCGGCAAGCGCUACUCGCAGAAGUGGACCAGCAACAUGGGUAGAAAGGAGAAGCCAGACAUCAAGAAGUACUCUGGCGAGCCGUUCACCAGCGUGGAGUUCUGGCCCGACCUUCCGAAGUUCGGGAUGUCGGAGCUGGAGGAGGACACCGUGGCGCUGAUGCGCAGGCGCGUCUACGACGUGGCUGGCACCAGCGGCGACCGCUGCUCCGUGUACCUCGACGGCAAGAAGCUGCCCGUCAAGAGCUUCGCCGACUACGCGAACCUGUUCCACUCGGCCGAUAGCUACGUCCACACGAAGAUAGGCAAGCGCUGGGAGCUGGUGGUCGCGAAGUCGGACGGCGAGGGUUUCCAGCACAACUCUUUCGUCAACGCGAUAAGCACCCCGAAGGGGGGCACCCACGUCGCCCACGUGGUGGACCAGCUCGUGGAGGCCAUCCAGGCCAGGGCCAAGAAGGAAGCGGGCAAGGGCACCGAGAUCAAGACCAUGCACGUCAAGAACCAGCUCUGGGUGUUCGUCAACUGCCUCAUCGAGAAUCCGGCCUUCAGCUCGCAAACCAAGGAGCAGAUGACGCUCAAGGCGUCCAAUUUCGGAAGCACCUGCCCCAUCGGCAAGGCCCUCGUGGACGAGAUCGUCGAGAAGACCGACGUCGUGUCAGCCGUGAUCGCAGAGUCCCAAGCCAAGAUGACCGCGCAGAUGGACAGGAUGGGCAAGGCGGGCGCGAAGGGCAAGCGGGUGCUGGGUAUCCCGAAGCUGGAGGACGCCAACGAUGCCGGCGGCAAGCACGCCAGCGAGUGUACGCUCAUCUUGACGGAGGGGGACAGCGCCAAGGCCUUGGCGGUGGCAGGCCUCGCCGUGGUCGGGCGCGACAGGUACGGUGUGUUCCCUCUGCGCGGGAAGUUGCUCAACGUGCGGGAUGUCGCCCAGAAGCAGGUGGCCGAGAACAAGGAGAUCAUGAGCAUUGUCAAGAUCCUCGGCCUCAGCUUCGGUCAGAAGGGAGACCAGAAGAAGAUGCGGUACGGCUCCGUGAUGAUCAUGGCAGACCAGGACUACGACGGAUCUCACAUUAAGGGCCUGCUCAUCAAUUUCUUCCACUUCUGGUGGCCUGACCUCCUCAAGGACGGAGGCUUCGUGAAGGAGUUCGUUACGCCCAUCGUCAAGUGUAUUAAGGGAUCAAGUGUCCACACCUUCUUCACGCAGAACGAGUACGAGGAAUGGAAGAAGAAGCACGAGGGGGAGUCCGGUUGGCACGUCAAGUAUUACAAGGGCUUGGGCACGAGCACCGCAGCCGAGGCCAAGGAAUAUUUCAAGGCCAUGGAGGAGCACCGCUUGGACUUCGAGUGGAAAUCCAACAAGGACGGUGAGCUGAUAGACAUGGCCUUCAGCAAGACUCGCGCGGACGACCGCAAGGCUUGGAUGAACAACUACGAGGAGGGGACCUUCGUGGACCACAACCAGCCCAAAAUCUCGUACCAGGACUUCGUCAAUCUGGAGCUCGUGCAGUUCUCCAAGUACAGCGUCAUGCGCAGUGUGCCCUCGGUAAUGGACGGCUUUAAGCCGACGCAGCGCAAGGUGCUCUAUUGCUGCUUCAAGCGCAACCUGCGCAGCGAUGUGAAGGUGGCACAGCUGGUCGGGUACGUCGGCGAGCACAGCGCGUACCACCACGGAGAGGCGUCCCUCGCUGGCACCAUCAUCUCGAUGGCGCAGGACUUCGUCGGCUCCAACAACCUGAACCUGCUCGUGCCAUCGGGGCAGUUCGGCACCCGUCUGCAGGGUGGUAGCGACCACGCCAGCGCCAGGUACAUCUACACGCGGCUGUCGCCCGUCACGCGGCUUGUCUUCUCGCCGCUGGAUGACGCGGUCCUCGACUACCUCGCCGAGGACGGGCAGCGGAUCGAGCCGUCGUUCUACGUGCCGGUCAUCCCCAUGGUGCUGGUGAACGGCGCCGCGGGCAUCGGGACCGGCUGGAGCACCGACAUCCCGAACUACGACCCCCUCGCCAUCAUCGAGAACUUGAGGCUGUGGAUCGGGAAGAAAAAGAUGAGGCCCAUGCGGCCGUGGUUCCGUGGGUUCACGGGCGCCAUUGAGCACCUCGGCAAGGGCUCCUACUACAGCUGGGGGAAGUACUGGCAAAGCGACAAAGGCCUGGAGAUCACGGAGCUGCCGAUCCGGAAGUGGACGCAGGACUACAAGGAGUUCCUGCAGACGAUGCUGCCUGGAGCCGAGGCCAAGUCCAAGAUCUCGGUGCAGGACGUGCGAGAGCACCACACCGAGAAGAACGUGCACUUCUCUGUGAAGAUGUCCGACGAGGAGCUGAAGGGCGUGAAGGAGGCAGGUGUUGAGCACUCGUUCAAGCUGUGGGGCAGCAUCAAUGAGACGAAUAUGGUCUUGUUCAACUCGGAAGGCAAGAUCCAGAAGUACAAAAACGUGCUCGACAUUAUGGAGGAGUUUGCUGGCGUGCGCCUGAAAUAUUACGACACCCGGAAGAAGUACCUCAUUGACAAGCUGACUCUGGAAAGGGACCUUCUGAACAAUCGCGCUCGCUUCAUCGGCAUGGUGUGCGCCAAGAAGUUGCACAUCAACAACCGCAAGAAGGCAGACGUCGUGAAGGACCUUAUCAGGUUCAAAUUUAUGAAGUUCGGGGACACCAAGCCUCCCAGAACAGGCUUCGAAUACUUGCUGAUCAUGCAGAUCGCUUCGCUCACGAAGGAAAGGAAGGAGGAGCUGGAGAGGAUGGCGAAGGACAAAGCGAACGAGCUCGAGAAGGUGAAGCGCACCUCCAUCCAGGCCAUGUGGCUGGAGGACCUGAAGAACUUGGAGUCCGCCAUCCGUCAGCUCUACGAGUCCGAGAAGGACGAGGAUGCGAACCCGAAGGGCAAGAGGGGCUCCAAGCGCAAGGCGCCCGAUGCGAAGGCCUCCAAGCCCCAGGGCGAGGACGAGGCUGGAGACGAAGACGCAGCAGACGUGAUUCUCGUGAACGGAGUGCUGCAACUGGCCUUGCAGGCUCGGGCGGCGGCGAAGUGCCCCGCGCCCGCGUUCAUGUGCGACUCGAGCCCCGUGUCGCGCAUCAAGGGCACGUUGGCCCUUGCGAUGAUCUUCGCGAGGCUUCUGUCUGUGAAGGUUGCAUGCGUUCAGCCCGGCUUGCCCCUGGUGCUCGUGUGCGCCAGUGCGCUGUUCGCCAAGAGCAUGCGCCCCGUCACAGUGUGCUCCGUGUCGAGGAUCUCGGAGAUGUCCCCGCAUGCUGUGAUCGAGGGGGCGCACGCGGAUCGAGCCACUGCCGCUUGUGCCCCUGAGCUGCUGUGGAGGUUGAUACACGUCCCGCGCCUGAGCUGGACUCCUCCAUGGAUGUGGACGUCCAUGUGGGAGAUGGAGACGGCGGGCGUCAGCGCGACAGUGGCGCGUCAUUUUGACUCGAAUCGCAGGCUCGAGGUCAGCGGAGAGCUCCACGCGCCGCUGGUCGGGAGCUCGGCCCCGCACCGAGCGAUGCCUCCGAAGGGGGUGAAGAGGCACACGCUCAAGGUGAACAUCAAGAAGGCCAAGCGCGUGGAGUCUGGCGAGGGGGGGACCGCCGGACUGCGCCGCACCAAGACCGUGGAGCAGAUCUACCAGAAGAAGACACCAGUGGAGCACAUCCUCCUGCGCCCUGACACCUACGUGGGCUCGGUGGAAAAGCAGGACGACCACCAGUGGGUCUGGAACAGUCAGAAGGAGGAGAUGGAUUACAGAGGCAUAACCUAUGUGCCAGCCCUCUACAAGAUCUUUGACGAGAUUCUGGUCAACUCGGCUGACAACCUGCAGCGGGACAAGAGUAUGAACUAUAUCAAGGUCGAGAUCGACACAAAACAGAAACGCAUCAAGAUCACCAACAACGGCAAGGGGCUUCCCAUUGCGAUCCACAAGGAGCACAAGGUGUACGUACCAGAGCUCGUCUUCGGCCACUUGCUCACCAGCGACAACUACGACGACACGGAGAAGAAAGUCACCGGCGGCCGCAACGGCUUCGGUGCCAAGCUCACCAACAUCUUCAGCACCCGGUUCGUCGUGGAGACGGCCGUGGGCGGCAAGCGCUACUCGCAGAAGUGGACCAGCAACAUGGGUAGAAAGGAGAAGCCAGACAUCAAGAAGUACUCUGGCGAGCCGUUCACCAGCGUGGAGUUCUGGCCCGACCUUCCGAAGUUCGGGAUGUCGGAGCUGGAGGAGGACACCGUGGCGCUGAUGCGCAGGCGCGUCUACGACGUGGCUGGCACCAGCGGCGACCGCUGCUCCGUGUACCUCGACGGCAAGAAGCUGCCCGUCAAGAGCUUCGCCGACUACGCGAACCUGUUCCACUCGGCCGAUAGCUACGUCCACACGAAGAUAGGCAAGCGCUGGGAGCUGGUGGUCGCGAAGUCGGACGGCGAGGGUUUCCAGCACAACUCUUUCGUCAACGCGAUAAGCACCCCGAAGGGGGGCACCCACGUCGCCCACGUGGUGGACCAGCUCGUGGAGGCCAUCCAGGCCAGGGCCAAGAAGGAAGCGGGCAAGGGCACCGAGAUCAAGACCAUGCACGUCAAGAACCAGCUCUGGGUGUUCGUCAACUGCCUCAUCGAGAAUCCGGCCUUCAGCUCGCAAACCAAGGAGCAGAUGACGCUCAAGGCGUCCAAUUUCGGAAGCACCUGCCCCAUCGGCAAGGCCCUCGUGGACGAGAUCGUCGAGAAGACCGACGUCGUGUCAGCCGUGAUCGCAGAGUCCCAAGCCAAGAUGACCGCGCAGAUGGACAGGAUGGGCAAGGCGGGCGCGAAGGGCAAGCGGGUGCUGGGUAUCCCGAAGCUGGAGGACGCCAACGAUGCCGGCGGCAAGCACGCCAGCGAGUGUACGCUCAUCUUGACGGAGGGGGACAGCGCCAAGGCCUUGGCGGUGGCAGGCCUCGCCGUGGUCGGGCGCGACAGGUACGGUGUGUUCCCUCUGCGCGGGAAGUUGCUCAACGUGCGGGAUGUCGCCCAGAAGCAGGUGGCCGAGAACAAGGAGAUCAUGAGCAUUGUCAAGAUCCUCGGCCUCAGCUUCGGUCAGAAGGGAGACCAGAAGAAGAUGCGGUACGGCUCCGUGAUGAUCAUGGCAGACCAGGACUACGACGGAUCUCACAUUAAGGGCCUGCUCAUCAAUUUCUUCCACUUCUGGUGGCCUGACCUCCUCAAGGACGGAGGCUUCGUGAAGGAGUUCGUUACGCCCAUCGUCAAGUGUAUUAAGGGAUCAAGUGUCCACACCUUCUUCACGCAGAACGAGUACGAGGAAUGGAAGAAGAAGCACGAGGGGGAGUCCGGUUGGCACGUCAAGUAUUACAAGGGCUUGGGCACGAGCACCGCAGCCGAGGCCAAGGAAUAUUUCAAGGCCAUGGAGGAGCACCGCUUGGACUUCGAGUGGAAAUCCAACAAGGACGGUGAGCUGAUAGACAUGGCCUUCAGCAAGACUCGCGCGGACGACCGCAAGGCUUGGAUGAACAACUACGAGGAGGGGACCUUCGUGGACCACAACCAGCCCAAAAUCUCGUACCAGGACUUCGUCAAUCUGGAGCUCGUGCAGUUCUCCAAGUACAGCGUCAUGCGCAGUGUGCCCUCGGUAAUGGACGGCUUUAAGCCGACGCAGCGCAAGGUGCUCUAUUGCUGCUUCAAGCGCAACCUGCGCAGCGAUGUGAAGGUGGCACAGCUGGUCGGGUACGUCGGCGAGCACAGCGCGUACCACCACGGAGAGGCGUCCCUCGCUGGCACCAUCAUCUCGAUGGCGCAGGACUUCGUCGGCUCCAACAACCUGAACCUGCUCGUGCCAUCGGGGCAGUUCGGCACCCGUCUGCAGGGUGGUAGCGACCACGCCAGCGCCAGGUACAUCUACACGCGGCUGUCGCCCGUCACGCGGCUUGUCUUCUCGCCGCUGGAUGACGCGGUCCUCGACUACCUCGCCGAGGACGGGCAGCGGAUCGAGCCGUCGUUCUACGUGCCGGUCAUCCCCAUGGUGCUGGUGAACGGCGCCGCGGGCAUCGGGACCGGCUGGAGCACCGACAUCCCGAACUACGACCCCCUCGCCAUCAUCGAGAACUUGAGGCUGUGGAUCGGGAAGAAAAAGAUGAGGCCCAUGCGGCCGUGGUUCCGUGGGUUCACGGGCGCCAUUGAGCACCUCGGCAAGGGCUCCUACUACAGCUGGGGGAAGUACUGGCAAAGCGACAAAGGCCUGGAGAUCACGGAGCUGCCGAUCCGGAAGUGGACGCAGGACUACAAGGAGUUCCUGCAGACGAUGCUGCCUGGAGCCGAGGCCAAGUCCAAGAUCUCGGUGCAGGACGUGCGAGAGCACCACACCGAGAAGAACGUGCACUUCUCUGUGAAGAUGUCCGACGAGGAGCUGAAGGGCGUGAAGGAGGCAGGUGUUGAGCACUCGUUCAAGCUGUGGGGCAGCAUCAAUGAGACGAAUAUGGUCUUGUUCAACUCGGAAGGCAAGAUCCAGAAGUACAAAAACGUGCUCGACAUUAUGGAGGAGUUUGCUGGCGUGCGCCUGAAAUAUUACGACACCCGGAAGAAGUACCUCAUUGACAAGCUGACUCUGGAAAGGGACCUUCUGAACAAUCGCGCUCGCUUCAUCGGCAUGGUGUGCGCCAAGAAGUUGCACAUCAACAACCGCAAGAAGGCAGACGUCGUGAAGGACCUUAUCAGGUUCAAAUUUAUGAAGUUCGGGGACACCAAGCCUCCCAGAACAGGCUUCGAAUACUUGCUGAUCAUGCAGAUCGCUUCGCUCACGAAGGAAAGGAAGGAGGAGCUGGAGAGGAUGGCGAAGGACAAAGCGAACGAGCUCGAGAAGGUGAAGCGCACCUCCAUCCAGGCCAUGUGGCUGGAGGACCUGAAGAACUUGGAGUCCGCCAUCCGUCAGCUCUACGAGUCCGAGAAGGACGAGGAUGCGAACCCGAAGGGCAAGAGGGGCUCCAAGCGCAAGGCGCCCGAUGCGAAGGCCUCCAAGCCCCAGGGCGAGGACGAGGCUGGAGACGAAGACGCAGCAGACGUGGCCGCUGAUCCACUAGACAAUCCCUUCAACGACAUCGCGCGCUGGACGUCGGGCGCACUCAAGGCGAUCUCCGAGGCGGGUGGCCCCACGAAGAAGCGCCGCGCCAA